AUGGUAGUCCCUAAGGCAAUUAACGAACUGAUACCACAAAAGACUGUCAUCGGAUGGUGGAUUUGCAUGGACUACCACAAAUUAAAUGCGGCAACAAAGAAGAAUCAUUUCCCUUUGCUUUUUAUCGACCAAAUGCUAGACCGCUUAGCUGAAAAUGAUUUCUACUACUUCUUGGAUGAGUAUGCCAGCUAUAACCAGAUCAUGAUUGCUUCUGAAGAUCAAGAAAAAACCACAUUCACUUGCUCGUAUGGAACAUUUGCGUUUUGGCACAUGCCGUUUGGCCUUUGCAAUGCACCGAGCACUUUCCAAAGGGGAAACCGAUUGUACAUCGAAAAGGCAAUAAAGAACUUGUUCUUGAAGGUCAAUGAAUUAACAAAGUCACUAACUCCUAAGAAACGGAGAAACUCUGAAAAUGCUUCUAAUGUAAGUAGAAGAGAAGUUGCAGAAGCAAUGGCAAAGUCAACAAAGAAGAAGGAUUUGAUCAUCCAUGGUUCUGUGAGUAUAAAUAUCGAUGGUUCGAGCAACUUUGUCUCGAGUUUUUCAAAGAGAGUUGAGAAAGGAGUCAAUCAGGACUGUUGCAUUGUGUGGGAGGAAUUUGGAUAUCAAAAGGAUAUGAUAUUUUGUGGGGUUUUUGAUGGGCAUGGACCAUGGGGCCAUUUUGUUGCAAAAAAGGUUAGAGAGUUAAUGCCAACUGCUCUGCUUUGCAAUUGGCAAGAAGCAGUAGUUCAAACUUCUCUUUGCCCACAUUUGGAACUCAACUCAAGUAAAACACAUCUACAAUUCAAUUUGUGGGAGCAUUCUUACAUAGAAGCCUGUGCUAUGGUUGAUCAAGAACUCGAGCGACACCGUAAAAUUGACACGUUUCAUAGCGGAACAACGGCCCUUUCCAUCGUUCGACAAGGUGAUAUACUAGUCAUUGCAAACCUUGGCGACUCUCGGGCCGUGUUGGCUACGACUUCUAAUGAUGGAAACCCGAUCCCAUCACUAAUUCAGUUCACUGUCGAUUUCAAACCGAAUCUACCUCAGGAAGUUGAGAGAAUAACACAAUGCAAUGGGAGGGUUUUUUGCUUGCGAGACGAACCAGGGACCCAUCGUAUUUGGUUGUCGGAUGAGGAAACGCCGGGGUUGUCAAUGUCAAGAUCAUUUGGCGAUUUUUGCAUUAAGAAUUUUGGACUUAUUUCCAUGCCUGAUGUAACACAAAGAAGUGUAACCAACAAAGACUUAUUUGUUGUACUAGCAACUGAUGGUAUAUGGGACGCGGUCUCGAAUCAAGAAGCCGUGCAGAUCGUACAUUCAACUAUAGAUCGAGAAAAAUCUGCUCGGCGACUGGUUGAGUAUGCUACUCGAGCAUGGAAGCGGAAGAGGCCGAGAAUCGCAGCGGAUGACAUGUCGGUUAUCGUCCUCUACCUCCAUUCUGCACCUUUGCAUCAACAAUCUUUUGGUAUAUUGUAGCUCCAUUCUAGAAAAAUAAAAAAGAAUUUCAAUGUUUGUGUUCGCUCUUUCGAGUUACUUGUUACUACAAGAUGCUAAUCUCAAAAUGGGAUGUUGGUUAGCUUUAGAA